CCCUUGUAGCAGAGCGAUUGACCUUCCUUCCCACGGCCGCUGGCGUCCUCACACCAGGGACAUUAUACCAUCCUUCGCAAGGACGUAUACAAAAGAAACACAAAAAAAAUAAAAAAAAAUACAAACCGACAAGAGACUCUCUUGGGCAUCCAGCAGUUGAAUCUCCGUCACAGAGAUCGACCCGCGUUGUCGUCUUUGUGCCCAUCCGAGUUUCCACUGCAUCCAAGCGAGCUGCUCAUCAGGACCCAAAUUCACUACACUCCCGGCCGAACAGAACUUCUGUGACAUUGCCUUGCGGUUCGAACUAUGGCCGCUUUGGUCCAAACAUACCCACCCGAGACAGCCACGAUUACCAUGCUCCAGACUCGCCCGACGUCUGCUACUGGAAGGAUGCCUUCAGGACAACAGCAACCCAUUCCCCAAUAUGGCGGUAACCAGGCACCUCGAUCUUCCUACCACAGCAAUACCAAUUUCACCGGCUACCGUGGGAGUUCAACUCCCGUUCAGCAGUACGCCUUUCAGACCACGCCGACUCUGAACCAACCUUACAGAAUGAACGCGGCAGAGUACGAUCCCAGCGUCACCCACCACCGCUUUCCGAACUAUGGUCCUUCGGUAACAAACUCGAGCCAAGGCGGAACUCGUGAUGAUACUGCCAUUCUGCAAGCCAGGCAAGCAAUUUCCGUGUCGCGCCCUCAACCCACAGUCAUACCUGGUCCCGCGAAGAAUACCCCGGAUAGAUAUCGGAGGCCGUCAAACCAAGGAAACAGCCAUAACCGAUCACAGAGUGCAAACCUGCCAAACACUUCCAACCUGCCAAACACGGCUCAGUUUUACAACAUUGGAAACAGUCCGCGGCACACAGCAACAAGCCGACCCACCAGCUUCUACGCGACCAUCCCUGGUACCUCGAUGGAUGACAUGCACUUGCCUCCGCAGAACCACCAAAAAGGGCUGCGACGCAGGAGUAUGCAUGGAAUGGAGACAAUGGCGAGUCAACAGAGCGACCGCGCUCUGCGGCCCGGUCUGGACAACGCAGCCCACUCACGCAGUGGGAGCACGGAAAGUGUGAACUCAUCGCGCAGCAAUCACUCGCGACCCUCGUCUGCCAACCGCAGUGCUCCUGUCCCCACCUCCAACCCCUCCCCAGCUGCAAGUGACGAUGCUCGACAUGCGCCGAAGCAGGAACAGUCUGCCAAACAGAUCAACGUUCCUCCCCGGGACUCGUCUGCGAAUGUUGGCAAGCGUACUACGACGCCGUCGCCACUGUCAAAGCCGGUGACCAUGGGAGCAGAGUCCGCUGACGGCGCUGCCCCCAACACCGCCAAUCUGAGCUCGCCCGCGGCCAAGCAGCUUGCUGCCAUCAACCAGAAGGGCAGCAAGCCCAAGGGCAAGACUUCACGACUUCGACGUGCGUUCUCCUUUGGUAGCGCGGCUGAGCUGCGCAAAGUCGAGGAAGAAGCCGGCGCCGGCCAGAAGCCAGAGCCAUCCCGACUGCACAAGGAGCCGAGCCCGUACGAAGCCUACGAUGCGGAGCAAGCGAGGAUUGCAGAGAGACAGGAGGCCGCCGGAAUUGGCAGCAGCAUCUACGGCGGACGCUUCUUCGGUGGCUCCACUGACAAUCUGUCCAUCUCGUCGACGGCAUCCUCGGCUUCCAUCAUGAUCCGGAAGAUGGGACGGGGGAUGAAGAAGAGCACGCGUAACUUGGCCGGUCUCUUCCGUCCCAAGUCUGUGAUCGGCGUCGCGCCAGCGGACGGCCCCGUCUCGCAAGAAGGCAGCCAGGCCGCCGUAUCCAUGGUCACCGUGGAGGCGGAGACGCAGCGUGUCAACGUCACUGCCGACCCGCAGGGCAGCGAUUCAUUCCCCCAUCUCGAGCGAAAUUCAAUCGACGCGAACCGACUUCCGGAGAUGACGCACGAGCGCGCCGGCAGCUCGAGCACAGACAAUUCCAACUCGCGCAAGAGCAUUGUCGGCGGCGACAAGGACCGAGCUGAAGUUCUCGCGGCAGUUCGCAAGGGCAUCCUGAAGCGUUCCGGCUCUGCCAGCCCUACCGUCCGCCCAGUGGAUGCCUUGCCGACAUUGACGAGCCCUCCUGCCAUUACGGACUCCCCCAACUCGAGCGCUCCCAGCACGCCCAACGAAGAGGCUCAGGGCCACCGCCGCACUGGAUCGGUUGCGUUGGGCAACGAAGAUUACUUCAUGACGGCCCUCCGUCUCCGACAGGACACCAAGAGCGCCCCUGGAACUCCCCAGGGCAGCCUGAAGCGCUCCGCCAAGUUCUCGCAGCGUAUUGUCUUUCAUGACACUUGGCCGCCUCAAGAAUACGAUCGCCGAGGCGAGGUCGCAACGUGCAACCGCCUCACUCCAUUGCUUGCGCAGCAAAUCAAGGAAGAGCUCAACACAUUCAAGAUGGAGAUGGAAGUCCACGAAAACUCCAAGAUUUAUACACACUUCUUUUAAUGCUAGACAGCCACGUCCUGCUGCGAGGGACCACUUCAAAGAGCAUCAUUGCAUCGAGUCAAGCGCGCAAAGAUCAUGUACACAUCACAUUCAUAUUCAAAGAG